UUCUCCUUAAUGUAAUUGAUUAAUGUUUUUAGAUUUGUUUCUGGGGUUGCAUUCUUGGUUUCCUUGCUUUUAUUUUUCCUGUUUCUGUUUUUAAUUUUCUAGAUACAAAAGAAUGUUCGAAGUAUUAGCCCGUAUUGAAGAAAAGAAGCUAGAUUUGAUUUGAUUCAAGGUUCUAUAUUCCUGUAUGCUUUCCUGCUCUGCUUGCUUUUUCUUUGGCUGUUUUUUAAUCAUUUUGAUCAAGGAGAAGGAGAUUGUGAGAAUUCUGCCUUCUAGAUUGUUCCUCUUCAUAGUACUUUCCUUUUAUGUUAAAUGGAAGUGCCCCUUCACCAAGUUUGUUUGUUCUUUGCUUACCCUAGCAUCAAGUAUCUUUCUACUUUUGCUUGAAGCAUAAUUUUUGUUUUAAGCAUAUAUCUGGAAUUACUCAUCUUGGGGGUGGCCUUGGUAGAACUUGUCUUUCAUUGGGAUUUCGAUUUAAAAGAUGUUAGGCCGCUUCCUCAUGCGCCUAAGAAGCCGAAGGCUCGGACGUGGAGCUGGCUCUAUUAAUUGAUAAGCAGCGGUUGCUUACCCAUGGACACCUCGGAUAUUGGAUAGGCUAAGCUAGGUGUAGCCCAGGAAUAAUGAGCACAAUACAAUCUGGUUAGGACGCUGGUCGAGCCUUGAGCAUGUCGAGAUUAAAAUGCAUCCUUCGUGGCUUGGACCUGAAAACAUAUAUCUUUCUUUUCGUGUUGAUUCCAACUAGUAUCUUUGGUAUAUAUGUGCAUGGACAGAAAAUCACUUACUUCCUACGGCCUUUGUGGGAAAAGCCGCCAAAGCCUUUCCAUGAAAUGCCUCACUAUUAUCAUGAGAAUGUGUCAAUGGAGAAUCUCUGUAAACUUCAUGGGUGGGGAAUUCGUGAGUACCCUCGGCGUGUCUUUGAUGCAGUGUUGUUCAGUAAUGAGGUGGAGAUGCUUACCAUACGGUGGAAGGAGUUGUACCCUUAUAUAACAGAGUUUGUUUUGCUCGAAUCAAAUUCAACAUUCACCGGAUUGCCAAAGCCUUCGUACUUUGCUAAUCACAGAGAUCAGUUUGACUUUGUUGAAUCAAGACUGACAUAUGGACAAAUCCCCGGGAGAUUUAGGAAAGGAGAGAAUCCUUUUGUUGAGGAAGCUUAUCAGAGACUUGCAUUGGAUUAUCUCCUCAAACAAGCUGGUAUUCAGGAUGAUGAUUUGCUGAUAAUGUCAGAUGUUGAUGAGAUACCUAGUAGACAUACCAUCAAUCUAUUGAGGUGGUGCGAUGACAUACCUGCAGUUCUUCAUCUUCGGUUGAAGAACUACCUCUACUCUUUUGAAUUCCUUGUCGAUAACAAUAGCUGGAGAGCUUCCGUGCACAGAUACCAAUCUGGUAAGACGAGGUAUGCUCAUUUUCGACAGUCAGAUAUCAUCUUGGCGGAUGCAGGGUGGCAUUGUAGCUUUUGUUUCCGCCUCAUAAGUGAGUUUAUAUUCAAGAUGAAAGCCUACAGCCAUUUUGACAGGGUCAGAUUUUCUCAUUUUCUGAAUCCUAAGAGAGUGCAAAAGGUAAUUUGCGAAGGGGCUGAUUUAUUUGAUAUGCUACCAGAGGAGUACACUUUCAGGGAGAUCAUAGGCAAAAUGGGACCUAUUCCGCACUCCUACUCAGCCGUUCACCUUCCCGCUUUUCUUUUGGAAAAUGCAGAUCGAUAUAAGUUUCUAUUGCCCGGUAAUUGCAUGAGAGAAAGUGGCUGAUCUGGGAAGGUUAUGUUCUUUUUUUCUUUUUUGUAAAUGUCGAGGGUGCAGUUUCGCAUUGCUCCUUGUGAAGCCCAUAUUGAGGAUUCUGCAAGAUGUCCAACAAUUAUGUCUCCUACAAACUAUUUUGAAUGUUUGGAUGAGUACUCAGAUUUGGUGAGUGAAGGGUUGUUUUGUAUAUACUUCUUAGAGAAGGUUUUUUCAGGAUCCGGCAUGUCUGUUCGACAAAUGGGGAGGGAGCUGCUAUUAGUUUAAAGUUGUGCAUAACUCUAUAUUCCAUAGUGUACACCAUUUCUGAUUAUGCUCCCAGAUAAUAUUUCACAUUUUUUGGGCUUUUCCUCAUGUUGGGAAAUUUUUGGAUAGGGACUAAUUUAUUCUUAUAUAUUCUUGUGUUGCAUUUUCUCUGA